AUGGUGUUUGUCAGGUCUCUUGUUUUGUUACUAAAAUUUCUUUUCCUUUAUUCACUUUUCUCUUUCACAUUUACUACAUGUUUUCCUCAAAUUCAUCCAAAGUGUCAUGGUGAUGAAAGCCAUGCCUUGUUGCAAUUUAAGGAAGGCUUUGUCAUCAAUAACUUAGCCCAUGGUUCUCCAAAAAUAGCAUCUUGGAAUUCCAGCACAGAUUGCUGCUCAUGGGAUGGCAUUAAAUGUCAUGAGCGCACAGAUCAUGUGAUUCACGUCGAUCUUAGGAGCAGCCAAAUCUAUGGUACAAUGGAUGCAAAUAGCAGUCUCUUUCGCCUUGUGCACCUUCGAGUUCUUGAUCUUUCUGACAAUGACUUCAAUUACUCUCAAAUCCCAUCCAAGAUAGGCGAGCUUUCACAACUAAAAUUUCUGAACCUUUCUCGUAGUUUAUUUUCCGGAGAAAUUCCACCACAAGUUUCACAGUUGUCUAAGUUGUUGUCUCUUGAUCUAGGCUUCAUGGCGACAGAAAAUCUGCUGCAACUCAAAUUGUCCAUUCUCAAAAGCAUAAUUCAAAACUCAACAAAACUCGAGAUCCUUUUUCUUAGUUUUGUGACUAUUUCAUCUACUUUACCAAACACACUCACAAAUCUAACUUCGUUGAAAAAACUAUCUCUUUACAAUUCUGAGCUGUAUGGCGAAUUUCCAGUUGGAGUAUUACAUCUUCCAAACUUGAAAAUUUUGGAUUUGGGAUAUAAUCCAAAUCUCAAUGGUAGUUUGCCUGAGUUUCAAUCUAGUUCACUCACCAACUUACUACUUGACAAAACAGGUUUCUAUGGCACACUCCCAGUAUCCAUUCGAAAUCUUAGUUCUUUGAUUAUCCUAUCAGUUCCACAUUGCCAUUUUUCUGGGUAUAUUCCUUCUUCAAUUGGAAACCUCACACAACUCACGGAGAUAUACCUUAGAGAUAACAAAUUUAGGGGGGACCCCUCUACAUCCUUGGCAAAUCUUAACAAGCUAAGUGUCUUGGCUGUUGGUUUGAAUGAAUUUAAUAUCGAAACCAUCCCAUUAUCUUUUGCAAAUCUCACCCAGCUACACUAUUUAGAUGCAACAGAUUGCAAUAUAAAGGGUCAAAUUCCAUCAUGGAUAAUGAAUCAUUCCAAUUUAGCAUGCUUGAACCUACGCUCUAAUUUUUUGCAUGGAAAGCUAGAGCUUGACACGUUUCUGAAGCUCAGAAAGCUAGUUUUUCUAGAUUUAUCAUUCAACAAACUGUCAUUGUAUAGUGGGAAAAGUUCUUCAAAUAUGACCGAUUCUCGUAUUCAAAUCUUACAAUUGGAUUCAUGCAAUUUAGUUGAGAUUCCAACAUAUAUAAGAUAUCUGGAUGAUCUGGAAUCUCUUAUGUUGUCAAACAACAAUAUAACAUCGCUACCCAAUUGGUUGUGGAAGAAAGCAAGUCUAAAAAACUUAGAUGUUUCUCAAAAUUCAUUGACAGGAGAAAUAUCCCCAUCCAUAUGCAAUCUCAAGUCACUCAUGAGUCUUGUUAUACCCUGA